AUCAAUUUUUUUUGAGAAGGAAAACUCUGUUAAUUGUUUCAGUAGUUUAGACCGAGUAAAAGCCAACUGGCAAACUCAUCAUUCCCAAAUCCCAUUAUUCGAAACGUAUCCAAAUCCGUACCCUCCCCAAGCCCACUCUUCAAGCUCAUGGAUCCGUCCAGCUUCGUCGGAUGUUCUCCGAGACUCGUCGCCUUGUCCCAACAGCUGCGCCUCUACAAGCCACAGCCUACCUUCGAGGACUCCGAGGAGCAGGACCUCGAAGGAAGCGCUGUGAAAGUGGUUUCCCAAUCCCAAGUCGGUUUUGCGGAAUCGGCCACCCCAAUUGCACAAGAUCCAGAAAGGUUUAGACCCAAGAGAGCCGCUGUUUUGGUCUGUCUCUUUGAAGGGGAUGAAGGGGAUCUGCGUGUCAUUCUCACUAAGCGGUCUUCGAAGCUGUCCACGCACUCGGGUGAAGUAUCAUUGCCUGGUGGGAAAGCUGAGGAGGGGGAUAAGGAUGAUGGGGAUACGGCCACAAGGGAGGCAAGGGAGGAGAUUGGGCUGGAUCCUUCACUUGUCAAUGUUGUCACAGUACUUGAACCAUUCUUGUCUAAGCACCUCCUGAGAGUUGCACCUGUCAUCGGCAUACUUAAUGAAAGGAACUCAUUCAAGCCUGCUCCAAAUCCUUCUGAAGUGGAAGUGAUAUUUGAUGCUCCCUUGGAAAUGUUUAUCAAGGAUGAGAAUCGGAGAGCAGAGGAGAGAGAUUGGAUGGGACAGAAGUAUAUCCUGCAUUUCUUCGACUAUGAAAUGGAGAAUAAGAAGUACAUGAUAUGGGGUUUAACAGCUAGCAUCUUGAUACGGGUUGCAUCAGUUGUAUACCAGCGGCCACCAGCUUUUGUAGAACAAAAUCCCAUUUUCAAGUUUCCGAAAGUUAUUGAUAAUGAUACCGUAGUGCCUUAAAUUCAAGCAAGUAUGUUUUGGGUUGUAAUUACCCGUAAUCAUCCUUCCUGCAAUAAUGUCCCCGCAACUAGCAGUUGUUGGACUAGUAUUUUGUAUUGAAGUUAAAUUUUGAAUUUGAUGAAAACAAGGGAAAAGCUCGAUCAUGGCUUCAGGUGUGGAAGUUUAAAACUAAAGAGGCUGAAAUUCUUUAGACUCAAGGAGGCAAUCGGCAUCAAAUAUCUAUGCCUUUUCGCUGAGAAUAAGUAGUCUGAACAAGCAGUAUGGAGCUGCGCAGCUGAAGCUGAAGCUAAAGCUAGUCUGAACAAGCAACCGGGCAUGCCCGCUUCACCUUUCUUCAGGUCAGUUCUGUUGCAGGACCUGAUCUCAUGAACGAAGAGAUUAUCCGGUUACUCCAUAUAUCACAAGCUUAUCUGCAUCAAGAGCUUUGCCUUGUAAAGUUACAGAGGGCAGAGUAAUAAGACCACUAUAAUUGACGCUAGUGGGUUGAUUGAUGGUGAAAACGCAUGCGAAAUUCUCCUUUGUUAUCCGCUGAGAUGAACGAUAACAUAUAUGGAACGAAAAUAUAUAGGUACAGAAAACAUUGCGAGGAAGAACGCAGAAGAAAAAGGAAUAUGAAAAAUUGACGUGGUUUGACAUUCACGACCUGUGAAGUUGGAAAGGUUUAAUGUUUAUCACAAACUUGAUA